CAAUCACAUGUGGCCAUCCAGGCAGUCCUAUCUAUGGGAGAACUACAGGGGACGGAUUCAACUACAACGAUGUGGUCAGCUUCUUCUGUAACCAGGUUACGUACUGGAGGAGAGUCCAGAGCCCAGUGCCAGUGGUGAACUGCACAGACCCUGGCAUCCCGGCUAACUCCAUCAGGGAGAGUAAGAUAGAGCACGGUAACUUCACCCUGGGCAGUGUGGUGUUCUACACCUGUAACCCUGGAUACUACCUGUUCGGUUCCUCCGCACUGACCUGUCAACCUAUUGGCCACUGGGACAAACCUCUACCUGAAUGUCUUGAGGAGGACUGUGGGAACCCUGGCUCUCCUCCCUACGGUACCAUGGUUGGGGACAAGUUCUCGUUUGGCUCCACGGUUCAGUACUCCUGUUCAGGGGACAGAGAGCUGAUUGGAGAGGUAUCACUCACCUGUCAAAUCAAUGGACACUGGAGUGGACCCAUACCUCACUGUUCAG